UGUGCCAUCUACAGAUCUAAGCUUGUUCACUGCAGCUGUCUGAUGCCUUCAGCGAAGCCUUUCCUAGUUUCGCUGUCGGCUGUGCUGUGCGUGCGCCGGGCACACGCCGCUUGAUUUGUGGCGUAAAUAAAUAAAUAUAUGUAUUCAUUUGAAUGCACUUACAUGGUGCUUAUACCACUUUGGGGCGCAAUGGGCCGUUCUUCCUUAUUAAAUUACCGCGGUUCGUCUCGCGCCGUUCUGGAUUCGUCAUAAAUAUAACAUUUUGAAGCACUCGCUUAUUUGGAUACACUAGGACUAGAAAGCACCGAUGGAGGUAUAGGCGAAGACGCAUUCUGUCUGGAUUCUAUCGUCUUGCUCGCUAAACGCGUUGGAAUUUUUUUUGCGCCUGGAGCACACCAGAGAGAUCUUUUCCAACUCAACUUGAGAGGAAACUAUACAAGUCUUGUGUUGCGAAAGCUACAGCUGCCGCUUUGCUCGCAGUGCGGGUUGCCCCGCCGUUCGCAAUUUCCUCAAGGAGCCGGGAAAGGAUGCGCGUUGUUGGUUCGUUUUUUUGGCAUUUUUUUCUCUUUUGGAAUUAGAAGACGAUGCCCUGGAACGAUAAUGGAGUAAAAGCGAGCACCGAUAAUCCUGCAGUUAAUUGCAAACAAUGGAUACACGUCCGAUUAAUAAGGUAAAAUAGUGACCCCAAUGAGGUGGAAUACUUCCAGAUCACCUGACAGGAAUAGAAGUGACCUUGCGUGCCCAUCAGCAAGAGGAGAAAGGGAGGUUCGUCUGAUUGUCUGUAGCCAAUAAGGGAGCGGGAGAGGUGCCGCCGCACUGUGAGGUCACGGCUCGUGACAGUAUGACCCCGUACUGUAGCCUGUAGAAGACUACGAGGAUGGCAAGCUGACCUGAACGGGCUCUUUCCUUACCGUUACAGUCUUGCUCGAUUGGUUGCGUGACCCGGUCUGGAGGCUUGCGGACACGACACAACUUGCGGACACGUGUGAAAUUGGCCCCUGUCUGUGAGGGGGGGGCCCUAUGGCAGAAACCCGCACUAUAUAGUGAAGCUGUCAGUCAGCACCCUGGUGUCAGUCGUUCCACUGGGUUUGUCCCCGGUGGAGGUGCUAGCGCCAGGGCUGUUAGACACCUGUCAGUCUGGACAUCACACGCUGCCACUCACACCUGAUCCAGGUUGCCAUAGUAACCCCCGAAAGGCUUCCAGAUUACUCCCCAGCCUGUCCCAGAAUGCAUUGCGGUCUCCACGGUUCCUGUCCCUGAGCUACAAUGGACAAAGUGCUCUGCAGCCUCCUGCUCCUGGUAACCACGGUGACGAUGGCCCGCGCAUGCCCCAAGUACUGUGUCUGCCAGAACCUGUCGGAGUCGCUGGGCACGCUCUGCCCCUCCAAGGGCCUGCUGUUCGUGCCGCCGGACAUCGACCGGCGGACGGUGGAGCUGCGCCUGGGCGGGAACUACAUCAUCAAGGUCACGCAGCUGGACUUCGCCAACAUGACGGGCCUGGUGGACCUGACGCUGUCCCGCAACACCAUCAGCUCCAUCCAGCCCUUCUCCUUCAUCGACCUGGAGACGCUGCGCUCGCUCCACCUGGACAGCAACCGGCUGACGGAGAUCGGCGCCGACGACCUCCGGGGCCUGGUCAACCUGCAGCACCUCAUCCUCAACAACAAUCAGCUGAGCCACAUCUCCCGGGAGGCCUUCGACGACCUGAUGCUGACCCUGGAGGACCUGGACCUGUCCUACAACAACCUGCGCGGCGUGCCCUGGGACUCCAUACGCAAGAUGGUCAACCUGCAUCAGCUCAGCCUGGACCACAACCUCAUUGACCACAUCUCGGAGGGCACCUUCGCGGACCUGGACAAGCUGGCCCGCCUGGAUCUCACGUCCAACCGGCUCCAGAAGCUUCCCCCCGACCCCAUCUUCGCCCGCUCCCAGAACAGCGUGGUGCUGACCACGCCGUACGCCCCGCAGCUGUCCCUCAGCUUCGGCGGCAACCCGCUGCACUGCAACUGCGAGGUGCUGUGGCUGCGGCGGCUGGACCGCGAGGACGACAUGGAGACCUGCGCUUCCCCUCCCGGCCUGAAGGGGCGCUACUUCUGGUACGUGCGCGAGGACGAGUUCGUGUGCGAGCCGCCGCUCAUCACGCAGCACACGCACAAGCUGCUGGUGCUGGAGGGCCAGACCGCCAGCCUGCGCUGCAAGGCCGUCGGCGACCCCGUGCCGGUCAUCCACUGGGUCGCCCCCGACGACCGGCUGAUCGGCAACUCCUCGCGGGCCACCGUGUACGAGAACGGCACGCUGGACAUCCUCAUCACCACGUCCAAGGACUACGGCAUCUUCACCUGCAUCGCGGCCAACGCCGCCGGCGAAUCCACCGCCUCCAUCGAGCUGUCCAUCAUACAGCUCCCGCACCUCAGCAACGGCACGGGCCGCGCCUCGCAGCCCAAGUCCCGCCUCUCCGACAUCACCAGCUCCACCAAGACCAACAAGGUGGAGCCCAAGGCUCCGCCCGAGCGGGUGGUGUCGGUGUCGGAGGUGACCGCCGUCUCCGCUCUCGUCAAGUGGUCGGUCAGCAAGGCCACGCCGAAGGUGAAGAUGUACCAGCUCCAGUACAACUGCUCCGACGACGAAGUGCUCAUAUACAGGAUGAUCCCGGCGUCCAGCAGGGCCUUCCUGGUGACCAACCUGGUGUCGGGGGUCCAGUACGACCUGUGCGUCCUGGCCAUCUGGGACGACACGGCCACCACCCUGACGGCCACCAACGUGGUGGGCUGCGCCCAGUUCGUCACCCGCGACGACUACCCGCAGUGCCAGUCGCUGCACAGCCACUUCCUGGGCGGCACCAUGAUCCUGGUGAUCGGCGGCGUCAUCGUGGCCACGCUGCUGGUGUUCAUCGUCAUCCUGAUGGUGCGGUACAAGGUGUGCAGCAGCUCGCAGUCCGGCAAGCUGCCGGCGGUCAGCAACACCUACUCGCAGACCAACGGCGGGCAGGCGGGGCGCAACGGCGUGCCUCCGCCCGCCAAAGCCGCCGCCGCCGCCAGCGCCACCGCCAAGGUGGUGGUGGUGAGGGACGAGCUGGUGGAGUUCAAGUGCGGCUCGCUGCAGAGCAGCCUGUCCUCGUCGUCCGGCUCGCUGGGUUGCCGCGACGGCGACAGCUACAGCCUGCGCAGCGAGAGCGGCGGCCUGUCGGCCAGCCGCUGGCGGCCCGGCCCCGCGUCCCGGGCCCGGCCCAACCUCAACCACCUGCUGGGGGCCUUCGUCUCGCUGGAGCUGCGGGGCCAGGGGCGGGACCCGGGGCCCUCGGGGGCCUCCGGCGCCAGGGCCUCGGUGGCGUCGGCGGCCGCGGCGCCGUCCGACAAGGAGCCGCUGCUGGGCCGCACGGACUCGCGGCUGAGCCGGCUGCUGGCGCUGCCGCUGGAGGGCAAGCCCAAGAGGAGCCAGUCCUUCGACAUGGGCGACUUCACCGGCACGCAGUGCUGCUCCUACCCGCCGCGGAUCAGCAGCAUCUGGACUAAGAGGAGCCUGUCCGUCAACGGGAUGCUCCUGCAGUGCGAGGAGGCCGGCCUGGAGGGGAGCAAGGCCACCUUCGACAGCUCCGAGUGGGUCAUGGAGAGCACCGUUUGAGGCGGGACGUGGGGGGUUGGGUUGCGUUUGGGGCGGGAGGGCUGGUAUAUGCGGGGACACGUGGAGCGGAGACGAGGGACAAGAGAUACAUUGGAGGAAAAAAAAAAAUAAUGUAAAAAAAAAAAAACGAAAACACAAGAAACAAAAAAAGGAAUUAUUUUGCGCGGAGGACGCCUACUUUGUGGCGCUCGCUCCUGCGCUGCAUGAAGUUCGUCCAUGUGAAUACCGUCGUCCUUCCGUCGUGUGAAACAGACUCCCGCGGCCAAAGCAGUCGCGUCGGGGGGGGGGCGGUGGCCUCUGCGCUGGGGAUUACACUGACCUGCCUUGGAACGCGUGCGUGGGCGUAGCCGCACACGAGUCAGAGCUGCCGGACGGGCCCGCACGUACGCGUCCGACGGGACAAAUCGAACGUGGCGGGGGGGCGCUGUGGAACGAGACCUCGGCUCCCGGGCGGUCCCAGCUGGAGCAGAGCGGGAUUUCGGCGAUAAGGUGGUGCGAGCGCGGCGUGGGCGAAUGGCGGGGGAGUCAGGAGGGCUGAGA